ACCUAAUUUCCCCUCCAAUUUCUCGCCCUCUUGUUUUCUUUCUCUCUCCUCUCUCUAAUUUCUCUCUCUACAUGUUCUCCACCAAAGCUCCAGCUUGGAGUUUGUAUGGACUCUCUCCUCGUUAGGGUUUUCAAUUGCUAUUAGCUUCUCCGAACUCCCACUUCCCGGGAAAUUUUCUGCAAAAAUGAUUUGUCGAGACGGAUUUUGAUAUCAGAUUUGUGAAUUUGUGGGUAAUUUCAUUCAAUUUGCGUCAAUUCUAGGGUUUUCGUGAACAAGCAGGCCGGGUUUUUUUGAGCGAAAUGCCGGCCCACAGGUCGAAAUCGGAGAAGAACGAUGCGGCGAAGCAGCUUAGGAGAGACCCCUACGAGGUUCUUGGAGUCUCACGGAACUCAACAGAUCAAGAAAUCAAGAGUGCUUAUCGAAAAAUGGCUCUCAAGUACCAUCCUGACAAAAAUGCAAAUGACCCUAAAGCAGCUGAUAUGUUUAAGGAGGCUACUUUUUCAUAUAACAUUUUGUCUGAUCCUGACAAACGGCGCCAAUUUGACACGGCUGGUUUUGAGGCUGUUGAAUCAGAAAGCCAAGAGUUGGAGCUAGAUCUUUCAAGUUUGGGAGCUGUGAAUACCAUGUUUGCAGCACUUUUUAGUAAACUUGGCGUGCCAAUCAAAACCACUGUAUCUGCAACUGUCUUGGAGGAGGCACUGAAUGGCAUGGUAACUGUUCGACCACUUCCACUGGGGCAACCUGUGUUCAGAAAGGUUGAAAAGCAAAGUGCCCACUUCUAUUCUGUCAGAAUAACAGAGGAAGAAGCACAGGCUGGCUUUGUGUGCCGGGUGCAAUCAUCAGACAAAAGCAAAUUCAAGCUAUUAUACUUUGAUCAAGAAGAAAAUGGUGGAUUAAGCCUUGCACUACAGGAGGAUAGUGCAAAAACGGGGAAGGUCACAUCUGCUGGAAUGUAUUUUCUUGGUUUUCCUGUUUAUCGCUUGAACCAAACAAUGAAUUCAAUGGCAGCUGCAAAAGAUCAAGACACAGUGUUCUUCAAAAAACUGGACGGAUUUCAACCAUGCGAAGUAACUGAACUAAAAGCUGGGACCCAUGUGUUUGCUAUUUAUGGUGACAAUUUUUUCAAAAGUGUAAACUACACAAUAGAAGCUCUUUGUGCAGCCCCCUUUUCAGAAGAAAAGGAGAAGCUUAGAGCCGUGGAAUCUCAGAUUUUAUCCAAAAGGGUGGACCUGUCGAAGUUCGAAACCGAGUACAGAGAGGUCCUGGCGCAGUUUACGGAGAUGACAAGUAGAUAUGCACACGAAAUGCAAGCGAUUGAUGAGCUUCUUAAGCAAAGGAGUGAAAUUCAUGCCUCAUACACAGCUACUCCACCAAUCAAGCGGAGUAGCAGUAAGAGCAAGUGUAGAAGUGCACCGAAGGAGGACAAAGAAGGUAGCCAAGCAAGAGAUAAGAGGUCUACCAGGGAUAGACCAAAGAAGAAAAAAUGGUUCAAUAUUCACUUAAAGGUGGACAAGAGGAAGCCUUGCUAAAUGGGGUGAGACUUCUGUCAUAGGCUUCUCAUGUUAAAUAUCCAAUGCUGACAAUUGGUUUACUCUACCCUAGGAUUCAACCUCCUCAAGAAGAAUGGGGAAGUGUAAACCAGCUAAAAUUGUUGGGUCUACUGUCUGCAUUCGUGAGUUUGUUGCAGUACUUCAAGUCGAUGCAAGCAAAAAUUAUGAGACGAUGUGAUUCCUGAACCAGGCUUUAUUCUUGGAUGAAGUUGAAUGCCUAGUUCUGGCAGAGGGGCAUCAAGCAUGCAAACUGUUGUCUUCUACUGUUAUUGUAAAAUUCUUUCCUCUUUUUAUUCUACUUUUUGGGUUGUUCAUUCUAUUGUCUUUUUCCUAGUAUUUGCAAGGAUCAUACCUGUAAAGUGCAUAAUCUAUUCAUGGAGUUCUUUUGGUAAA